CUCUGGAGGAGGGUUAUCAUUGAGGUUAGGGAUAGUGGUUUGUCGGCAUUCACCGACAUGUCUAUUAACGUGAGUAUAUGGCGUUAGGGUGUACUACCAACUCCUCUACCAGGUUUGUGGUGCAAGGUACACUAUUACGUUCUAUAAUAAAAUAUAAACUACAAAGAGAUACAUUAUUUAGAAUAGUAUUGAUCCCAUUACAUUGGUGAUCCUUUUUUUUUUUUAGAAAAUUUUUUUUUAGCAGUUGAGAAGAACUACCUUUUAAUAGUAGAACGAAUUCGUGCUGAUAACGUGUUGUAUUAUAGAGAGAUUUUAUGCAAGAUUGGAGAGUAUGCUCUUAUUGUUGUGUUCUUCAUUUUCUCCCGCGAAGUGCGGUAUAUAUUGUGCCAGGUGAAUAAUUCACCCGGUAAUACAUCAUAUCACUGCAUAACUGCAAAGAAGUGUCUAAUCAUGGACGGCAAAAUACGGCGCUGUUUUAUCCGUUCACGGUUUACAACGGUUAGAAGUUUCUGUUGAUAUAAACCCAACAAACUGAAAUUUCCAUUUUCUUUCAAAAAAAAAAAAAAAAAACUGAAAUUUCCAUUUUAUUUCUUCUCUGAGUGAAGAAUCUGACGUUUUCCUUCCCAAAAUCUUUUCAUUUUUUAGCGUCCAAAAAUGGGUUCUAUCACUCUUCAAUCCUUUCUCUCUCCUCCAUUGUUGUCUUCCUUUUCCCCUUCCGCUAAGCUUCGUGGCCAAAUCCGUUUUCCUUCGGUCUCAAUCCGAGCAUCUUCAGCCACCUCUUCAUCAUUGCAUUUCAACCCCGAAGUUGUCGUUACCAGAGAACGUGGCAAGAAUGGCAAGCUCAUCACUGCUCUGGCAAAACAUGGCAUCCACUGCUUGGAGCUGCCUCUCAUUGAGCACGCAGAGGGACCUGACUUAGACAAGCUUCACUCUGCUUUAAUUGAAACCAGAUUUGAUUGGAUCGUUAUCACUUCUCCUGAGGCGGGGUUGGUGUUUCUAGAAGCAUGGAGGACUGCUGGGUCACCAAGUGUUAAAGUUGGAGUAGUUGGUGCUGGUACAGCCAGUGUGUUCAAGGAUGUGGGGCAGUCAUCUAAUGGCCUUAAAAUUGCAUUUGCACCAUCAAAAGCAACUGCUAAGGUUCUGGCGUCGGAGCUUCCAAAGCAUGGGGAUGAAAAAUGUAGGGUCUUGUAUCCAGCAUCAGUAAAAGCUAGCAAUGAGAUAGAGGAAGGCCUUUCAACUCGGGGAUUUGAUGUGACCAGGCUAAACACCUAUACGACGGUGGCUGUUCGGCAUGUCGAUCCUCAGCUCUUAGAACAAGCCUUUGCUUCUGCUGUUAUUGCAGUUGCUUCCCCCUCUGCUGUUCGAGCUUGGCUCAAAGUUAAUCCUUCUGCGGGGGAGUGGAAUAAUGCGGUUGCUUGUAUUGGUGAGACAACUGCUCUGGCUGCAAAAAAGUUAGGCCUGCAAAAUGUCUACUAUCCGCUCAAUCCUGGACUUGAAGGAUGGGUUGAUAGCAUCAUCGAUGCGCUAAAGGCGCAGGAUCAUGACCACAAGGUCCGCAAUGCUGCCAUUUCAGCUUUUUAGUUCGCAAGUUUCUUUUGUGACACUUCUUUACUGAUAGCAUCUGCAUAAUGUUCAGGCAGUGGUAGGCUAGGGAGCUAUCAGCCUAUGAUAUUUCAUGGAGACAGCAUUAGCAAUACUAAUCUAAUAUCCUGCUCAAGUUUCUUUUGAUUUUGUCAAGAUAGAACUAAAUUAGUUGGUCAUGCCGGGAGGAGAGCAUUCUGGUUCCAUGGGUCCGCCACUGGCGGGGUUGGCCAACGGAUUAGAUGGAUGUACAUCUAAUUUUAUAUUCUUUGUAUGUACAGAGCCAAGAUGGUGGUCUGACGUCAAAAUAUGUAUUUUUUUUUUCUGUUAGUUCAUCUGGGAGUGCCUUCUAAUUAUAAUGAUGGGAUAGUACGACCACCUAUACAGAUAUAAAAAGGGUCGAGCAAAUAGUUAAGGGUC